UCGUUCCAGCUUGCGCGGCAGCCUGUCGUUGUCGUUGCCCAGCAAGCGGAAGCAAUAUCUGGUGAAAUACAAACGCAAAGAGGAGAAGGAUAAAUCGAAGGAGGUUCGCUGCGAGAGGAAGGACGAGCGAGGCUCCUCGUGGGCCGGACUCUUGGAAAAUAGUCGCAAGAAGGGUGCAACGGUGAAGGGUAACGGUGGAUUCGGCGAUUAUUCGGCGGCGGGAGAGUUUGAAGUGUGGGGCGACGAGCAACACGCGUCGGAUGGUGUAGAACGACAGGUGGCGAGACCGCCUUCGCGGCAGCAGCGAUGCGAAGGCGGUUCGUCCCUGAGGCCGUUGCUUCACGUCGCUCAUUGUGAACUACACUCGCCUCGCGAGCCCGAAUUGCUCCGGCUCGAUCAUCUCGAGGCGCUCGACCACAAGUCGCUCGAUCACGAUUCGUAUUCGAUGAUGGAAAAUUUUCACAGCCCCGUGCCACCGCCGCUGCCGCGUCGUCAUGUCCGGCUUCCGCCACCCCAACAGCAGGUGACAGUCGGUUCCGUGGGUGGUGGCCUGGGUGCGGGUGCUGGAAAUGGUGGUACAGGCACGGUGGGCGCCCAAGGUCAAGCCAUGGUAAUGCCAGGAUUUCCACUUCGUGCCGCAGCGGUGCCCCAUUAUUCACCUUAUUCGCCGUCACGUUUUCACAUCGACAAACGUUGCCAGCAUAGAUGCUCCUGGAAAUGUUUCUCGAUCGCCUUGAUCCUUUUGGCUGUUGCGCUGACAGCGAUGUUGGCUUACUUCGCCACAGUGAGUUCGAUGCGACCGAUAGACAGUACAAAGUGUGUGGUGGUCCAAGACGUGAAAGCUGUCACUCACGAGAACGCGCAUAUUCACGACCCGAUAUCAACGCAAAUACCCACGGAAGAAUCACUGCCAACGAGCACAGCCGAACACUCGAGCGCAUCGGACAGCGCCGGGGACCAACAGAGCGAUCCUCAGAUCCAGCAGUCUGCACAACAAUGGCCGGCCGUGCUCGAGCUUCAAGCGUACAACGUUGCCCACUCGGCCGUCAUAUCGCCUUACCACUUCUGGAACACGGAGUUCCGGAACAAGCAGCCUGCUUUCAUCAGGUUGAACCUGACAUUGCCAUGGGGUGCGAACUUCGCCGUGUACGGCAGGCGGAACGUGGCUCCGAGCGUCACGCAGUACGAUUUCGUGGAGUUCGUGAAGGGUGGCAGGGUUGAUCAUCGAUUGAAGAGGGACACCACCUCGGAAGCGGUCAGUUUCAUGAAAACGUCGGCUCAGGAGACUCGCUCGAACAUGGACAAUCAGUCGUAUCAACAUGUGCUGAUCAAGAGGACCAUCGUCGAACCGAUGAUGGUCAACGUCAGCUUGCUUCAGUAUUUAGACACGGGUCGUUGGUUCCUUUCGGUGUACAAUGAUGAACUGCAGCCAUACAAGGUUACCCUGGUCGUCACAGAAGCCGAAGGAGUCUCGACUACUUGCCCCAACGACUGCUCGGGACGAGGAUCGUGUUAUCUUGGGAAGUGCGACUGUAUCGACGGGUAUCAGGGAGCCGAUUGCAGCAAAAGCGUUUGCCCGGUGUUGUGUUCCUCGCACGGACAAUACGGCGGUGGUAUGUGCCACUGCGAAGAUGGCUGGAAGGGUGCCGAAUGCGAUAUACCAUUAGGUGACUGCCAAGUUCCUGAUUGCAAUCAACAUGGACAGUGCGUCCGAGGAUCCUGUGUCUGUAAUCCUGGCUGGAAAGGUGUCUUUUGCGAUGAACCGGACUGUGCCGAUCCAAACUGCAGCGGUCACGGAGCCUGUGUAUCCGGUAAAUGUUACUGCAAAGCCGGUUGGCAGGGCGAAAGAUGCAACCAGGUCGACCAGCAGGUAUACCAAUGUCUGCCUCGUUGCUCGGAUCACGGCACGUACGACCUGGAAUCCGCAACCUGUAUCUGCGAGGGACAUUGGACCGGGGUGGAUUGUUCACAGCCGAGUUGUGGCCUCAAUUGCGGACCUCAUGGAACCUGCGAACAGGGUCUCUGCAAAUGCAACGAUGAUUGGACUGGCAACAAGUGCGAUCAGAAACCGUGCGAUCCUCGAUGCGCUGAACAUGGCCAAUGCAAAAAUGGCACCUGUGUCUGCAGUCAAGGAUGGAACGGAAGACAUUGCACGCUGCCUGGAUGCGAGAACGGGUGCAGUCGACACGGGUUGUGCAAUCUACAAGAUGGCGAAUACAGCUGCAGGUGCUCGGAUGGCUGGGCGGGUAGAGAUUGCAGCAUACGUCUCGAAAUGGAGUGUAAUGACUUUAUUGACAACGAUCAGGAUGGCAUGAUGGACUGUUCUGACAGCGAGUGUUGCUCGCACGCAGCUUGCGCAGAGCAUAUCAUGUGCCUUACUAGUAAUAAUCCCGUGGACGUCCUUCUUCGAAAACAGCCGCCCAGCGUCACGGCGUCCUUUUACCAACGCGUGAAAUUCCUCGUUGAGGAGAACAGCGUACAAAGCUACGCUCAUAUGAACGAGUACACCGAAAGUACGUUCUGGAGUUCCUUUACACCGCGUCGAGUUGCGGUGAUGCGAGGCCAAGUUGUAACCGAACAAGGAAUUGGAAUAGUAGGCAUCAGAGUAUCCGUGGACAGAGACCCUCGAUUUGGAUUCACCUUGACCAGAGCUGAUGGAUGGUUCGACGUGUUGGUCAACGGUGGUGGUGCAGUGACGCUUCAGUUCCAACGUAGCCCCUUCAAACCCCUUACAAGGACGGUGUUCGUGCCAUGGAAUCAAAUAGUCGUUCUACCACCCGUAGUGAUGACCCUUAACGAGGAAGGCGAAUCCCAUAAAUCCAACCAACCCCCGAGCCCGGCUGUCGGCUUCCCAGGGAUAUCGAUGGGACUAUUUAGCGAGCAUGGUCCUUGCCUGGAGCACGAUCACGAGCUGCUGCGACCGAUCAUCGUCAGCACUUGGAUGCCUGAAAAAGUUGGCGGUCUUCCUGGCAAGAGUUUGGUGUUCGCCGAGAGUCAGAUCGUCCAGGAGAGCAUCGCCAUUCCCGGCUCGAAUCUACACUUGAUGUAUCAAAGCAGCCAAGCAGCUGGUUAUCUAUCGACGGUGAGAAUGCAACUGACCGGACCGUUCAUUCCGAAAUCGCUGACACACGUGCACGUCCACGUGGAGAUCGAGGGCUCCCUUCACACGAAAACCUACGAGGCGGACCCGAAUCUGACACACACGUUCGCCUGGAAUAAACGGAACGUUUACAAGCAGAAGGUGUACGGCGUGGCGCAGGCUAGAAUUUCAAUUGGUUAUCAGCAUUCCACUUGUCCGUCCGUGAUAUGGGAGACACAGACGGCCACUCUGCAGGGUUUCGAUGUGGACAUCUCUGACAUCGGUGGCUGGGGACUGGAUAUCCAUCAUCAUUACAACUUUCACGAGGGUAUCCUGCAAAAAGGCGACGGCACCACGUUGCAUUUCAAACAAUAUCCUCGAACGGUUAAAGUGGUCAUGGGUACUGGACUACAGAGGAACUUGGUCUGUCAGGAUUGCGAUGGUUUGGCCAAAGACGCUAGGUUGUUGACUCCGGUUGCUCUUACGAGUGGUCCGGACGGAAGCAUCUACGUUGGCGAUUUCAAUCUCGUUCGUAGAAUCACACCGGAAGGAAACGUAUAUACCGUCCUAACGUUGAGCGCGACUCAAGUAGCUUAUCAGUACUAUCUCUGCGUUUCACCGGCCGAUGGUCAUCUAUAUAUCAGCGAUCCCGAGAAACAUCAAAUAUUGAAGGCCUUAUCAUUGAAGAACGUUCAGCAUCCCAGCAUCAACAUCGAACCCGUGGUUGGAAGCGGAGAAAGGUGCAUUCCUGGCGAUGAAAGUCACUGUGGAGACGAAGGACCAGCCAUUCGCGCCAAACUAGCUCAUCCAAAAGGAAUCGCCAUUGCUGCUGACAAGACCAUGUACAUCGCCGAUGGAAGGAACAUCCGAGCGGUUGAUCCGAACGGUACCAUUCACACUCUGGUAGGCCACCAUGGACACCAUAAUCAUUGGUCACCGGCUCCGUGUGUGGGUGCCAUACCAGCUCAUCAGGCCCAACUGCAAUGGCCAACGGGAUUGACCCUGAGUCCUCUGGACGGAUCUCUGCACUUCAUCGACGACAGACUAGUGCUGAAGCUCACGAGCGAUCUGAAAGUCCGAGUGGUAGCCGGCACACCUCUUCACUGCACCAGCAACGGGAACAACGAUAACGAUCUGACGAAGGUGAACUCGUCGCUUACCACCAGUCCCAAAAAGUCUGACGAGGUUCUGGGCUCUGUGUUGGCUGUCAGCUUCAGUCCAACUGGCGAGCUAUACAUCGCGGAGAGCGAUUCACACCGUGUCAACUCGAUCAAGAUCGUGGACAGCUCUGGAAAAAUGUCUCACUUCGCUGGACAGCAACAGGAGAGACUGCGUGGGCAGUGCGAGUGCAACAACACGACUCCGAGCACAAAAGACCUGGAGAGCUGCGCAUGUACGGACGACACGAGCAGCACGGAGACUUUGUUGUCAUCGAAUGCGAAGUUCACUGCUAUAUCUGCUCUAGCGGUUUCGCCGGACGGUGUGUUGCAUGUGGCAGACCAAGGCAGCUUGCACAUCCUCGCUCUUCAGCCUUAUCUUCCGAACCACGACGAAAGCGGAGAAUUCCAUAUACCGUUCCCGCCUUCGAACGAGGUGUACGUGUUCAAUCGCUACGGUCAACACAUCUCUACGAAGGACCUGACGUCAGGGAAGACACGAUACUCCUUCCUAUAUAGCAAGAACACUAGCUUUGGAAAGUUAUCGACGGUCACAGACAGUGCUGGCAAUAAGAUUCAGUUCCUGAGGGAUUAUAGCAGCGUCGUCAGUUCCAUAGAAAACACGCAAGAUCAUAAGUCAGAGUUGAAGAUCUCCGCCGUUGGGUUCUUAGAGAAGCUGUCUGAACGAGGCAGGGCUGAAAUCGCGCUUGCUUACGAUGGCUCAACUGGCUUGCUUACCAGUCGAUCAGGGGGUGGCGAAACAUACAUUUAUAAUUAUGACGGCCUGGGUCGAGUGACCGAUGUCAUUCUACCUACCGGUGAAAAAUUGAAGUUAUCUUCCGAUCUGUCGGACGACGAAGGACUGUUGGUUAAGGUGUCAGCCCCGCUUCAAGCGUUAUCUAAGGGAGAUAAGCAGAGAACUGUGGAAUUCAAGAUGAAGAACGAGAGAUCUAAAAUACUAACAAUAACCGAUGGUAAUUUUUUUAUUAUUAGAUCCCAGAUAUAUAACAAACUUCACAGAUGUUUAACAGACUAUCUAUUUCCAGGCAUGAAGAUCAAGAAAGCGAUAGCUUUCACAAACAGCAGCUUAGAAGUCCUUCUUCCUGGCGGUGGUAGAGUCUUAAGCGCAGCUACCACGAAACAUCCUCUGCUAGAAGCCGCGUUGCCAGUGGAAGCCGAAAUGUUGCCCAUGUGGAGCUACCAAUUGAUGUCACUUGGAGAGUUGACCAACACGAUGAGCACCGCUUAUAACCUGGUCGGCGACGUCAGCCACUUCCAGCAAACUCUCAACAGAGAAAUCUGGGUGAACGACACUCGAGUGAUAGGUGUGGAAUUCGAGCAAGCGUUUAGACGCGAGACCUUUUAUGAUAAAUCAAGGAAUCCUCUUCUGACGGUCACCUUUGAUCCUGCUGGACUACCUUUGACCUGGCAGCCUCACGAGCAAGGCUACAAUCUCAGCAUCACCUAUGACAGGUUUAACCGGAUAGAGAGCUGGAAAUGGGGUGGAUCUGAUGAGUCCUAUGGCUACGAUCGACAUGGACAGUUAGCCGAGGUGACGAACAGUCAGGAUGGCACUAAAUAUUACACCUACAACGACUUCAAUAUCCUUUCCAACAUCACUCUUGCCAGCGGCAGACACUUUUCUCUGCAGUACGACGACGAUGGUGGGCUUCGUCACAUUAUUCUUCCAUCGGGAACAAAACACUCGUUCUCCUGUCAAGCUUCGUUAGGCUUCCUUCGAGUGACGUACACACCGCCCGGCAACAGUAGAGCGUACCUACAGCACUAUAGCCACGAUGGAAACCUGCUACAGACCGUGUUCCCUGGUGACGGUGCACGUAUUGUGUACAGAUACCAUUCUUCGGGACAGCUGGCUGAAGUCGUACACGGUGACGGGAAAAGCGAGAUCAGAUACACGGAGAGCGGUUUGCCCUCCGAAGUGAUACAUUCUGAACGAGACGUGGAAUACAAAUGGGACUAUCAGUACAGUGCUGGUCUGCUGGUCGAAGAACGAAUUGAUUUCGGGGCUAAAACUGGUCUAAGCAAUGCUAAGUUCACGUUCGAGUACGAUUCAAAUUUCAGACUGGUGAAUGUUCAAGGCAGAAUAGGUGGACAGACACUACCGCCACACACCAUGGCUUACAGUCCGCGGACAGGAAUGUUGGAGCAAAUAGGUCACUUCAAAGUGACCAAGCCACAAAUAAACGAAACCACCGUGUUCGAUGGCACAGCACUGUUCUCUAGAAUCACGGACGACAGGUUCCUCGAGACCCAAGUAACGUUAACGAUUCACCAACUGGAAGUGUUCAGGAUGGAGUUCACCCACGAUUCUCAAGGUCGAAUCAAUCAGACCAGAACGUACACCCGUAAUGUCGCCGUCAACACCUACACCAAUGUGAAGAACUAUACUUGGGAUUGUGACGGUCAAUUGACCGGUGUCGAGGCUCAAGAACCAUGGGGUUUCAAGUACGAUGCUAAUGGUAACAUGUUAUCGCUUACAUAUCGAGGAAACCCCAUACCCAUGGAGUACAACAACAUGGACAGGAUCGUCAAGUUUGGCGACGGUAGCUACAAGUACGAUAACAGAGGACAGGUUGUUCAAAAUGCUCGGGAAGAGAGGUACAGUUACAACACCAAAGGACUUCUGGUUAGAGCCACCAAACAAGGAAGAUUCGACGUGCGAUAUUAUUACGAUCAUCUCGAUCGUCUUGCAACCAGGAAGGACAACUAUGGAAACGUUACACAGUUCUUUUACAAUAAUCAAAAGCGGCCUCACGAAGUGAGCCAGAUAUACAGUCCGCGAGAUGGUAAACUGAUGUCAUUGGUGUACGAUGAUAGGGGACAUCUCAUUUACGCUCAAGUCUAUCGGCACAAAUAUUACAUCGCCACCGAUCAGUGUGGCACUCCAAUUAUGGUCUUCAGUCAAUACGGUGAGGGCAUCAGGGAGCUUAUGCGGUCGCCCUUCGGACAUAUCGUUUACGAUUCGAAUCCCUAUUUGUAUCUCCCUAUUGAUUUUUGCGGAGGACUCUUGGAUCAGGUAACGUCAUUGGUGCACAUGCCCUACGGUAAAAUCUACGAUCCGCUCAUAGGCCAGUGGAUGUCUCCUUUGUGGGAGAACGUACUGGACAGAGUGAACACUCCGACGCAUCUGAAUCUGUACAGAUUCAAUGGAAACGAUCCUAUCGAUGCUAGGCACACGGACCGAACGAAUCAUCCAACAGAUCACAUAUCAUGGCUGUCGCACCUGGGCUAUGACCUGAAGAGCCUCGCCCCGCAGUUGUUCCCCGACGAGCUUCCGGACAGUCUGGUUCCUCCCUCCCUCGCUCCAGAAACAUCGAUAUUCGGUAAAAAGAAGAGGACCAGAAAUCUCGGCGUUCAGUCCGGUUUCCUGGCGCACAUCGCGCAAAGGCAUUCGGGCGACGCCGUCAGUUUAUCGGCACCGCCUCGUUCGGCGCUGAAGAAGGACACCAGUGACCUGAUCCCUAGUCGUCUGGGCGCAGCCUCGGAUCCACCGUUCGGGAAAGGUAUCCUGGUGUCCAGAACCGCGGAUGGUCAGGCCGUGGUAUCCAGCGUACCCACCGCGAAUGCCAUCUACGGAGACGUGUUCACCUCUGUGUUCAACCGGUCGUACUUCCUUCCGUUCACGUUCGUGGUACACAGCGCCCAACAGGACGCGUUCUACUUCGUGAAGGAGGAGACCUGGAGGGCCAGCGAGGACCGCGGUCAAUUAAAGCGUCUCGGUGGCCAGGUGAACACCACGUUCCACGAGAGCGAGAACGGCAGCGGCAGCAGCUCGCUGAUCGACGUGAAGAUUCACGGUGCCAGCUACGUGGUGAACCUCCGUUACGGCACCACCGCCGAAAAAGAGAAACAAAGACUGCUACAUCACGCUAAGGCGACCGCCAUUCGCAAAGCGUGGCACAGAGAACGCGAAGCCUUGAAGGCUAACACUCCAACGGCCAUCGAGUGGAUGGUAGCCGAGCAGGACGAGAUACUGAAGUCGGGGUCCGCGUCGAAUUACGAGGGCGAGUACAUCCACGACGCUCAGCUUUAUCCGGAGCUGGCCGAGGAUCCGUACAACAUCAGGUUCGUGAAGAAGGUCGACCCGUCGAGCAAGAAACGACGCAGAAGGAGAGGCGUCCACACUUGUAAACUCUGGUGGCUGGACAAGAUCUGCUAGAUCCGGCGCGCGUCUGCAGCUAGCUUGUCCUCCUCUCCUGACAUGCCAGGAGAAUUGUCCAAAUCGAAGCAACAGGAAUUUUGAAAGGACGCGGAGCGUGGAAGAGGAGAAUGAUCCGGAAGAGACAGGAUCAGGCCGAGGCAUGGCCGUGGCGUCCGUAUACACGCGUAAUAAACGUACUGAACACUAUCAAAAACAAAAAAAAAGUUUUAUACCAAAGUCUAUUUGUGUAUUUCGAAGAUGCCAAAAACAUUUAACGUUAUAUCGAUUAUAUUGUACCGCGAUAGGGUGUAGUGUGUAAGAAUUUCGAAGGGAACCGUGCGACGUUUGGUAUAUUGCCUACGAGGAUGCUGUCCGCGAAAUCGUGACCACCGGUAAUCGAUUCGUGGAAGGAUACGUGGAACGUUCCGGGAAGCUUGUCUCUCGUCCCGUUAUCGAUCAGGAGGGUCCUUGAAGAGGUUCCUGAGAGUGGAUGAACUUUACCCGGACUAGGUUUACGCAGAGGUGGAUUUCGAGGGAAGAGACUGACACGCCGAACGGAACGCGAUCGUGAAGGUAUAAAAGUGAGACUACGAAGCGCCACCACAUCGAUCCAACGUAACACGCGACGGAGGAGCAACAGAGGUAGCAGGCCAUUCGUCGUUGAGGCGAAUCGAGUGAGAGAAACUAGUCAAUAUAUAGCUUUACAUUGACAUAUAAACAUUUUCCAAUAGGAUAAGGACAAAGGAAGGAAGAUGAUCGUCGAUGAUGUACCAUGCGAGGAACCGUGUGUGCCCACCAGUCUAUCCGCGCGAUAUGCUUUAGUCGUACUUCGAUAACGAGGACGAGGAGCCUAUAAAAAUUACUCUGAGAAUAGGUACGCUAAUUCGAAUCGCGAGAGGUGGAAGGAACACGCGCGUAUCUCAACAAUGAAUGGCCCUGUGACUGACACGAUGAACGGCGAGCGUCCAAAUUGUGGUAGGAUCAGGACUCCAAGAUGCCAGCAAGAGAAUCCGAAGAAGUAGGCUCGAUUUCCAGUGUCCCGACGCCUAUUCACGGAUUCCUGCAAUACGUUGGUGGUCAAAGAUCGAUGAAGGAGAAAAAGAAGUCGAAUGAUCGGCAUCCGGAAUAUUGUAGGACUGGGACUUCAGAGUCCCAGAAGACGUGGGCUGCUACGCGGAAGACUGAAGCUCGAUUUCCAGUGUCUGGCGCCUAUUUCUCACGGAUUCCUGCGGGGAAACGUGGAGCAGACGAUCAGGCGUGUUCUUCGAAUCGAUAUUCCGAAUUCAGGUCGAAGAAAGAGAGAGAGGCGUUACUAAGGUGUAUUAUAAAUGUGGUGCUUUCUCGCGCGAUGAAAAAUAAAAACAAGUCGGUGCAACAACGUUGAUUAACGGUGAGCGUGAAUAAUUAGAGGACAUCGGAACACACUGCAUAGAGCGUGGCUAAGUAUUUUUAACGAUGGAUGUGUCCUAACCAAAAAUUCCCCCUUUUUAGCGCUAGCGUCCAUUUCCUCGAGAAUUGAUGUCGCGUAUGCGUACGAAUUGUUGUUCGAAAGGGAAACGUUAUUGUCGUCGCGAGCGAGGGACGAAGCCGAUCAUGAUCGAGACAGGUCCCUCGAGCGACAGACGGUGACGGAUAAAACUAAAAAGUUGACGCGAUGAGCGAGUGAGAGAAGAGAGCGAGUGUGAGAGAGAAUGGAUAAGAAACUCCAUUAUCGGUAAUAAUACGUAUACACGAUAUUAUUGCAUAUUUGUGCUUGCUGGAUAUGAAUAACGGAACGUUAACUAUGUUUCUUCACCGAAUACUAAGUGUGUAUAUCUAAAUUUAAUGCUCGUCAGUACCGAUCGUUUUCGCUGUGUACUGAACGCCAUACCAUACAUCUACGUACGUAAGAAUAUUGUUUAGCACCGAUAUCUUUCACCUAACCACACACCUCUGCGGUAUUAUCCGUCUAAGUGGCACGACUUUGGAUCAGUGAGUUGUCAAUUACAGAAUAACUUAUUUAUUCGUCAAAGUUUGUUACAAUUUUAAAAGAAAAAGAAUGUAGGAAUGAUUCAAAUUUGAGGUACUGCUGAGGGAACUCAUUCAAGAUAUUAACUAUAGUUAUUAUUAAUAACUUACAAUACGCUAAAGUUUAAUAAUUGAUUCAGCAGGCAGUACUAUACUCACAUUUCUCGAAAUGAACUACAGUACUUUCCUCCAAUUUUUUCACCCAGAAAAUAUAACAUCUUAACUAAGUAAUCGGUACAUGAAUCUAGAUACGGAAAUUUUGAUUUACAAUUAACAAAGUAAAAUACUUGAAGAAAAUGUUAGAACGUGCCAGUUAGAGAGGCAAUACUGUACCUGUCCAUUACACGUCCCGUUUCUUUCAAACGAAACCACAGAUCCUUUCUAUCCACGAAAUCACAAUUUCUUUCACCUCAAUCGCCCCGACACGUUACGUUUUUCCUCGUUUUUUCAAAUGUUUGUAUACUCGCCAUUGAAUAUUUUGCGACGGCUUUAGAAAACGGCGGCCGUUCACGGAUAGAUAGUCGCACAACGACAUUACUGUCUGGAUAGAUGAGAAAACGAGAAAAAUUAAAAAAGAAUUAUCUUAUUACACUGUGUGUAUAAAAGAAUAAAAAAUUAUAUAUAUAGAAAGAGAGGAUAAGAGAGAGAGAGAGAGAAAUUAUAUAGGAAAGCUUCGUAACGUAUUUUUGACUCGAGCGAGUGUUUAGAGCAACGUAAAACACCGAUCCUUAAAAGUGGUCCAAACGAGGUUAAAAAUGGUGUUUUUUUUUUUUAAAUGCACACGAACAAUUUAAAUCGCGAUUCUUUCUUCGAAAAACGAGAGCGUCCGUUCUUUCGCGUUUCCUUCCGAUUUAUGCUGCCAAUGUUGUUCGAAUUUCCGCGAAAGGACGAGACGUUCGUAGGACGAAAAGGACCUCGAGAUCGUUGGUGAACGAACCACAGCUCUUAGACACGUGGACAUCUGAACCAGACCUUUCCAAAAAACGAUUUCCAGAGUCAAACGAUAUCCUUUCUUUUUCCAUGGUGCUGGUUGACAUGGCGUUGAUCACUUCUGACACAUUGUAUAAAUCUUUCGAAGUUUAUUGUAUGAAAUUCAACUGUGAAAAUACGAUAAUUUAAUGCAACAUUUAGACGAACAUGGCGUUAGCAUAACAUGUUUCGAUUAAGGGGUAACAAUUCGUGUUAUUGGAGCGAUUACAACUGUUGAAAGUUUUCUGAAUAAAUCGGCCAUUUCAUUUGCAACAA